AUGGCGCGCGCUAUCGGCAUAGCAGAAUCUAGGAAGCAGAUAACCCAACUCACGGCUGCAAUCAACAAUAGCACUCGCUCAAAUGAGAACCGAGAUCCUGCCCACCAACGCGUGCUGUUGAACAAGCUUGACGGUCUCUUCCGACGCGGCCGCCCCUUCAUCGACCUCGACGGCAAACCUCCCUUGCGCAAUCCCUCAGACGAACCCCUCCAUCCGCAGGAUCCUGAGAUCGCGAACGUCAUCCGCUCGCUCGCGUUGUACUUCGGCGCGCUCUGCAUGGACCUGGACAAUUUUCAGCCUCCUGCAGACCCGACAGUCGUCUUCCAGCACCUGCUUUCCUACGUUCCUGUCGUCCUACAGUGGCUCGACUUCGUGCAUCCCAUGAACGGGAAUGUAAAGAGGGAUGAGGAGGACGUGCCAAUGGAACAUUUAACUAUCUGCUACCCCAUCAUCAUCACCUUGACCGGCUUGUGCACGCCACAACUCUACGGCGGCGUCGAGAAGAUGCGCGAGUACCUGCUCUCUACGCACGUUCUUCUCUACGUGACGGAUCUAUGGACCAACCUCUUUCGUUACGCUAAACGCCCGUCAAUAUCCACCGCGGCUCUGACCGUCAAGCUGCUCUACAAGUUCGCGUAUGAUGGCUUCGCCAGCGAGAAGAAGCCCCGCAUACACAUCGCCGACGACAUUGCCUAUGCGAUACGGCAGAAACUGCAGAACCAGCCGCGUCGCAUGUGCCGCCUCAUCGCCCGUUACGCCACACUAUUUGAAGGACCAGUGCAGGAAGAGGUAGCGCUCGAGCUCUUCCGCUUCGCAAGCAGCCUCAGCUCUAUACCCGGACUCGCGCCGCUUUCCUGUCCCAGAAGCGUCGUCCGAGCCCUCGUCACUGCCUUGCAGGGCUACGCCAAUAACCCGAACUCCGGCGCCGCGGGCCUCUGCCUUAUGUACCUCGCGGACAUAUGGACAAAAUCAAGGACGCAGAAAGCCCUCGUGUGGUCCCUCAACGACGGCGUCUUUCUCAUGUUCUUCCGGAUCUUGGCGAGCAAGACGGGAACCAUCCUGACCCUGGAUCCUGCGGGAAAGAGUCUGCAGGACGGCUUUGCGUUUUGGCGCGUCCUAGAUGCGUUUGAGCGCAACAACGCACACUUGAUUCCCGAGUUGCGUCGUGUUGCGGACUCGCAUCCUGCGAUGGCCGGUAUCUUGACCGCUUACGACGCUCGCAUCACUGUGCAUCGGACAGCGGGAGAGGACUGGAGGGCACGGAAGAAGCGAUGCUCGCUAGAGCACUCGUGCCCGAACGUGUCGAAUACGCGCAGACCUCGCAUGCGUGCGUGUGCAUGUCGAGGAGCUUGGUACUGCUCGGCCGAGUGUCAGCGUGCACAUUGGAAAGAGCACCGCCAGCAAUGCCUUUACGCAGACGAGAGGCAGACAACCAUGCGUGACGUGCACUUCGGCGUCGCGCUUGCCUACGAAUAUCUAUAUGCGAAUCAAAUACGCAUCACCUCGGAUGCACUAGUGCUGGACCCACAUCGCCAACACGUUAUUCUGCUUGACAUCGACCUUCGACCAGCCGUAUUGCAGCAUAGAGUAGUCAUUGGUGGACCGAAAAACCCGUCCGACACUAUGUGGCGCGGGCUAGUCUCGACGUGCUGGCGUGAGGGAGGCGUGGAUAGGAUGGAAUUGAUAGACGGAGGUUACGACUUGUACUCUUGGGACCCUUACCUUUAG